GCGUUGGGAAACCGGGAAAGGGAGAACAGCGACACGGCCCGAUCCGUGCGGCGCCUCUCCGGCCUGUCGCGGCCGCCCGCCGCCGCUCGACUCCCUCGCGUGCUUCCGUUGCUCCCCGGCUUCCACUCUCCGGCUCCCGCAACGGCGCAGAUGGCCAAGUCUGGGUACACGCGCGCGCCGCCGCCGCCUGCCUUGGACACCGCGUGCACCACUCCGAGCGCCGUCCUGUACGUCGCCAACUGCGGGCCGGUGGUGGGGCUGACCCACGACGAUGUCGCCGCUGCCUUCGGCGCCUACGGGGAGGUCGACGGAGUCCACGCCGCCGACGACAGCGGAGCCCGCGUCAUCGUCCGGUUCCGCGAGCCCGCCGCCGCGGGGGCCGCCAUGGCCGCGCUCCACGGGCGGCCCUGCAGCGUCUUAUCGGGGCGCGUGCUGCACAUACGUUACUCGGUGCCAGCCGCGCCCAAGGCCCGGCCCGGCGCCCCUGUCCUGCCGGUGGCCCUCUCGUCCUCGGAGCUCGGUAUCCCGGGCGUUCACUUGGUCCAGGAGUUCGUCACUGCCGCCGAGGAACAGGAACUUCUUGCAGCUGUCGACAGUAGGCCGUGGAAAAGGUUGGCGAAAAGACGAGUUCAGCAUUACGGUUACGAGUUUCUGUAUGAAACUAGGAAUGUUGAUUCGAAGCAGUUCUUGGGUGAGUUGCCAUCUUUUGUUUCGAAAGUCCUCGAUAAAAUUGGGGCAUUCCCAGGUGUGAAGAAUUGUACUAGCAAACUGGUUGAUCAAUUGACAGUAAAUGAAUAUCCUUGUGGUGUAGGUUUGUCUCCACACAUAGACACACACUCGGCAUUUGAAGAAAUGAUUCUUAGCCUUUCUUUAGCUGGAUCUUGCAUUAUGGAGUUCAGACAAUAUCCUAAAGGCAGUUGGCGUGCUCCUCCAAGUAUAGGCAAUGGGACUGAUGAAGUUAGCAUCCAAGAUCCGCAGUGCAUAAGAAAAGCUAUAUUUCUACCUCCUCGGUCGAUGUUACUUAUGUCUGGAGAAGGCCGAUAUGCUUGGCAUCACUAUAUACCACACCAUAAGAUUGAUGAUGUGGCUGGACAAGUCAUUAAAAGAAAUUCACGUCGUGUUUCCUUCACUUUUCGAAAGGUGAGAAUGGAUCUUUGUGACUGUGAAUACAGGCAAUUUUGUGAUUCUCAGAGCAAGUAAGAUAUCAAGAUGGGCUCACGGUUUAGAUCUUGAGCAUUCACUAUCACAGGCUGGUGUCUGAUGACGAUGUUUGAUUCUACAGUCUGACCAACCAAAGAAACCCAGUUGAAGCGUUAGAUAUUUAAGGCUUUGAGCAAACCAAUGGAUAGAGUGUCACUGUACUGAAUCAUCUGUCGGCAACUUCUAUAUCUUGUAGCUGACUAAUUUUGACACUGAAAUUCUGAAAUGUAGUAUGUAGAUUGCCAUCCUGAUGCCCGACUUAUUUAAUUGAGAUUUUUUUUGUUUCAUUUGUAUGGCACAGUGCUCUCCAUUUGAUCCUCAAAUUAUCGAUGUCAUACUUUCACUCCUGGGAUCUA